GGCCCUUCAUUUCAGACCCCUGAAGGCUGCCGACAAUAGAAACAGGACGGCUGGUACACUCCUUUCAAUCAGCCAGUCAUUUGACGCAAAACAUGAACCGCGCAUCGCUUCCCCCCAAUUUGACCUUCUACAAUCACUGGGUAGACCAUUUGAUGGAGUGGUCUUCCCUAAUCGUUCUGGUCCUUAUUCUGCUGGCAUCAGAACUGGUCAGACGCCACUUUCGUGGUCAAAACCAGAUCCAAGCGCAAGAGCCAUCAAGCCUACAUGAUCAGCUUCCAUUUAUUGGACAUAUCUUCGGCAUUACCACCAAGCAAGUCGGACACUUCCACGACCUAAGAAAAAAGACCACUUUGUCUGCAGCAACUCUACCUAUAUUGAAUGGUAAAAUAUACGCUGUUUUCGAACCGGCUCUAAUACAACUUGCCUUACGGUCCCCGUCGUUGUCGUUUGAGCCACUGAUGAUCCAGCAUGCGCAAGGCCUGCUUGGGGUAAAUGAGGAUGUACUACACGCCGUACGCUCUGGGCUGCUGGGCGACUUACUGCGGGCUACAAAACCAGCAUUCUCUGGGGAGCAGCUGGAGAAAUACAAUCUCCGUGCCCUGAGCCAGUACGCGACUGUAAUAAACAGAAUACAGCCCGAGACGCCGCUAAAGCUGAGCAAACUCCAGACCUGGUUGCAGGAUGUUGUAACAGUGGCUUCAGCAGAAACGUUGUACGGGGACAGCAACCCGAUCAGAAUGGGAUCGUCCUUGAUCAAAGAUGUAUGGACACUUGAAGGGGGUGUACAGAGCCUCUCGUUGAACUUCGUUCCGUCAAUUACCGCCAGACGACCGUACAAAGCUCGCGAACGACUGGUCAUAGCACUCGCACCACUUUUCGAGCCAGCGAGGGCACAAUCUCUACCAUGCAUAUCGCGGAGUAGGGCAGAUGUGAUAAGAGGGCAUGGAAUCACAAACCCGACAGAUAUCGCGCGCUGUGAGCUGGCUCUGCUUCACGUGGCAACCGUCAAUACUGUGCCAAUUCUUUUCUGGCUGAUUGUCAAUAUCUCUGCGAAACCAGACCUUGUCGCAGCCCUACGGUCUGAAUGUGCAUCCUUAGUCAGUGAAGAACAUGGGCAUGGUCAAGAGAGACCAAAGAAAUUGAGCGUCAGCAUCGGUUCACUGCAGCGCAAGUGUCCUUUGCUAACGAGCAGCUUACAAGAAUGCUUACGCGUUUACGGUCAAGCGCUACACAGCCGUCGUGUUUUGAACGAUGUCGUGCUCACAGACCCUAGAGGCAACCAAUAUCUCUUCAAAGGAGGCGUGGACGUCAUGAUGCCUUCUGGAGUCGCAAACAUCAUGCCUGGUAUCUGGGGAGCCGAUGCUGGCGAUUUCAAGGCGACUCGUUUUAUGAGUUGGCCAGAGAAUGCAACCCCGGAUCAGCGUGCUGCAUACGUGCCGUUUGGUGGUGGGAAGCAUCUGUGUCCUGGUCGGAAUUUUGCGACUGUUGAAAUUCUUGGAUUCGUUGCAGCGCUCGUGUUAGGAACCGAGAUUAAGGGGCAUGGCGGCCCUGGGAAAACGGUUAAAGUCCCCGACUCAGCACCAGCAAUACUUGGUCAGGCAAUAUCGAAGCCGAAAGCUCAUGUAACAAAUGAAUGUUCGGAGGUGACAAUACAACGUCGGGAAGGGUUUGAAUAUGUCGAAUGGAAGUUUUGUAGCUGAUAUUCUUUACUUAGUAGAUAAACUACCAGUCAACUAAAUAUGCGUCUCG